CUCGGCAACCGUCAACUUAUCUCUCAACAAGCUGUCUAGUUACUUGAGAGCGAAAUUUCAACUGUGAUCGCAAAGUUUUUGCUUCUAUCAAGUUCGAUAUUUGUUUGAAAGUCUCUAUCAAUAUGAGUUUGUUACCGUAUCUUCUUGAAGAUUUUUACGCUCCUAGAUUACUGGAUCAAAUCCAACCCAUCGAUAUUUUGGCGUUAAUCUCCAAACAACAAACCGAAGAUGAUCUUAAAAAUCGUCUAGAAAAAAACCUAUCCAUCCAGCACGAUAAGGACAAAUUCCAGGCAAUUAUAGACGUGCAACAGUUCAAGCCAGAAGAAUUGACCGUCAAAGUUAACAAAGACAGAACGGUGACUGUUGAAGGGAAACACGAGGAGAAACAGGAUGAACAUGGGUUCAUAUCCAGGCAUUUUGUAAGGAAGUAUUUGUUACCUGAAGAUUGCGAUGUUAACCAAGUUAUAUCCAAGCUGUCUUCUGAUGGUGUUCUGAGUAUUACCGCUCCAAAGAAGCCUCAGGCUAACCAGGUAGAAUUUGUCCAAAUACCUGUCGUAAGAACGGGACAACCUGCCAGGAAAAUUGAACAAAAGGAAGGACAAGGGGAUUCUUCUUAAAGUCAUAUUAUUUUUUUUUAUGAAAUGUAUUUGACUUUUUUUGUUUUAAAUUUUUCGUAUUAAUAUCUAGAUUAUAUGUGUAUGUUUAA